AUGGUGCUUGUUCCCAAGUUUACGCCUGAGCUCCUGAUUUCUGCCCCUCGGCGAGGUCCAGCAGUUCCUAAUCAUGACGGAACGCUGGCGCUUUUCUAUCAGUCAACUCACACUAUCGGUGGGAAGACGUUGAAGGAGUUCCGCGUGCUCAGUAUCGAUACCGGCGAGUCGGAGCAGCUGAUCGAAGAUGAGAAAGCACGUGAUGUGCUAUGGCUGGGCGACGGGUCGAACUCGGUCAUCUAUCUUUGCGGCGGCGAUGGCGGUUAUACCUGGGUGAAGCUUGCAGAUGCUGGGAACCCUUCUGCUGAACCAACCAUUGUGGAUUUCAUCGAGGCACCGGUCAGCGCACUCAAAGUCAGGGCGCUCAAGGAUGGGUCGAUUGCUGUCGUCGUCGUUGGAUUGUCAGACGAAAAUGGCAACCUCUAUAAUGAGGAAUCUGAUAAAAAACAGCACACGGCCAGGGUUACAGAGGACUGGGAACCUCGCAUUUGGGAUUCCUAUACGAAACCACAAAAGUAUUCGAUCUGGUACUCCAGUAUAGUGAAAGAAGACGGCGAUUGGAAACUCAACAAACCCUUGAGGAACGUAUUGGGUGGCACUAACCUUGAAGCUCCUCCCAAUAUGUACGAACCUGGGAGUCACACCAACGAGUUCGACAUCAGCGACGAUGCAAUCGUCUUCACUGCCCGGGACACACAGGUUGAUGAUCCGAUGAAGACAGGACUCACGGGCGUUUACCUUGUUUCGCUGGAUUCAUUCUCCGAACCAGUAACACAGAGCGCAAAGCGAAUCCCCCUGCAGGUUGAAAUCGACCCCAGAACAAGGACUGACCAAGGCCACUGCUCACAGCCAAGGUUCAGCCCUAACGGCUCAAUAGUUGGAUUCCUACGGGCACCUAACGGGCGCUCGAUGGAACAAAGUAUCUUUGUGAAGCUUCCCGAUUCCCGAAGCGCAAUAGACGUGUUCUCCAUGGUCACAGGCAAUAGCUGGAAUUUAUUCCCCAGCGGCUUCGAGUUCGCCCCGAGCGGCCACGCCCUUAACGUCCGCGCCGAAGAUGCGGGUAGGACUGGCCUGUAUCAGGUGGAUCUCCAACCCAACGCAUAUCCCCGGACGAUCCUGAGAAACGGUAGUGUUUCGGCCUACUACCCCCUUCGGCGGGAUAAGGACGAAGCUCUCUUUGUCACCAGUUCAAGUCUAGUGGAGCCAUGGAUCUAUCAGGUUGUCAACACUGAUCCAACUUUGGAGUCGGAGGCGUGGAUAGUCUCCAACGCAUCUCAACAUAGCAACCUUGGCCUCUCUCCGAAACAAGUUUCGGAGAUAUAUUUUGAGGGUGGAGGUGACUACAUCGUGCAGGCGUGGGUUAUCAAACCCCGGGAUUUUGAUCCUCAGCAGAAGUACCCAUUAUGUCUGCUUGUCCAUGGAGGACCCGUUGGUGCGUGGGGAGACGGAUGGAGCACAAGGUGGAACCCGGCUGUUUGGGCUGAACAGGGUUAUAUUGUUGUGGCACCAAAUAUCACAGGUAGCGUUGGGUUUGGCAUGGAUUUCGCAGAAGGGGUUAGAGAUAGCUGGGGAUCGCGGCCAUAUGAUGAUCUCAUCAAUUGCUUGGAGCAUGUCAAAAGUAUGCCCGGCAUUGACAUGGAAAAUGCAGUGGCGGCUGGCGGGAGUUAUGGUGGCUAUAUGAUGAACUGGAUCCAAGGAAAUGAGCUUGGCCGCCGGUUCAAAGCCCUCGUUUGCCACGACGGCAUCUUCCAUUUACCCUCGUUCAUGCUCCAGACAGACUUUGUUGUAACGGACGACUUUUUCGGCGGCCCUCCCUUCAUGUGGAGCAACUUUGACGGCUUGGAAAGGUAUAAUCCUGCCCGCCCGGAUCUGCUGAAGAAUUGGAAGACACCCAUGCUCGUCAUCCACAGCGACAAGGACUAUCGAUGCCCCAUUACCGAUGGCCUCGCCGCUUACCGUACCCUCAAGGUCCUUGGAACCCCAGCAAGAUUCAUGAGCUUUCCGGACGAGAAUCAUUUUGUGAUGAAGGAAGAGAACUCGCUGGAGUGGCACCGACAAGUUUUUGCGUGGAUUAAUAAGUGGUCUGGUAUUGCGGAGAAGAAUUUAAGGCACUAA